AUGGCGCACGGGCUUCUGGGUGUCGUGCGUGUGUUGGUGAUUGCGGAGUGUCUUUGGAGUAACGUCGGGGCCACUUCACUUCAGGAGGAGAGUAAACCGCGUCCGAGACCAGACGUGGUUUCUGUGAACAUGAUGAAAGUGUAUGAGAGGUACAGCAAGGACCCGCUCAGCCACAGCCAACGGGACGGCAACACGGUGAGGAGCUACCGAGCCGUGCCAGUAACGGAUCAAGGCAAAGAAUUCUUCCAGUUCAAUCUCUCCUCCAUCCCGGACUCGGAGCUCAUUCUCCAAGCCUCUUUCCACUUCCUCCACAAGCGGCAGCUCCAGCAGCAGCGGACGUGGCGUUUGAGAAGGCCGCGACACACAUCCGAACCCUCUCCUCUGCUGCUAUAUCCCAGAAUCCUCUUCCAUGGAUCGUCCUCCGUCUCAGAUUUCGCUACCCCACUGGGAAACAUAAGUCUUGGCUCAUUUAAAAAGGGAUCUUGGCAAAGCAGAGACAUCACUGCGGUGUUGAAGCAUGCUAAGGGUAUAGGGAAGCUUGUAAUAUCUGCAGAUUUUGAGACGGGACCCGCGGAAACCAAACCCCAAGAGCGUUUUUCUUCGAGUAACGCCCCCUUCGUGUUGGUGUAUGCGGACGACAAGGCCAUCGACGAACCAAACAGCGUCGCUCUGUCGCUUCAGAGAUACAACCCAGUCUCUGUUAGCGACGACUCCGCAGCUUCCUCCAGGAUUAGAAGAGAGCUCAACCUCCACAACCUCCACAUCCAAACUAACGACAUCCCAGAAGUCCAGUUGAAAAGUUAUAAAACCCAUGAACUGUGGCACAACACGUAUUUCCCCACUAAAUCCAACACGGAGGUCAAACCCAGUAAAAAGGCAGGGCAGGAGAACAGCGAGAGUCUGAGCAGGCCCGAGGUUCUGAGCUUUGACGAAAGGACGAUGAAGAAGGCCCGGCGGCGGCAGUGGAGCGAGCCCCGGGUCUGCUCCAGGCGGUACCUAAAGGUGGACUUUGCAGAUAUCGGAUGGAGCGAGUGGGUCUUGGCUCCAAAGUCUUUCGAUGCGUACUACUGCGCUGGCACCUGCGGAUUCCCCAUUCCUAAGGUUGUGCGUCCGUCCAAUCACGCCACCAUCCAGAGCAUUGUCCGGGCCGUGGGGAUCAUCCCUGGCGUCCCGGAGCCGUGCUGUGUCCCAGAGAAAAUGAGUCCUCUGAGCGUCCUCUUCCUGGACCCAAACCUAGACCUGGUUCUCAAAGUCUACCCGGGCAUGUCAGUGGAUACCUGCGCCUGUAGCCUCGUGGUUUCUGGAGGUUCCUGUAAGCCUUUCAGUGCUGAUGUCCAGACAGGAGACAGCAGUGGGCUCUCGCAGCUGACCCAAGCGGACGACACUAAAAACAGGAUGGCGAACCUUCUGGGGACCAUGAAAGAGGACUUUCUGAGGAAACUCAACCUGUCGGACGCCCCUCAAGAGCAAAGCAAGAUCAAUCCCCCUCAGUUCAUGAUGGAGCUCUACAACAAGUACGUCUCAGAUGGAGCAGUCAUCCCCCAGUCUGACGUGAUCCGGAGCUUCACAGUUCAAGAUAUAACACUGCGAGAGACGGACGGCACCAAAACCAAACAACAGCUGAAGUUCAACAUCACCAUCCCCAGCUACGAGAGGAUAACAGCAGCAGAACUUCAGCUUUUCUUUCAACCACACUCGAGCUUAAAUGAAGGUUGCUACGGCACGGUAAAGGUCUACGCCAUGGACUCCACACAGCUGCUGGUCGGUAAGGACGUGUCUUUUACGCAAAGCAAGUGGGAAACAUUUGACGUCACUGCAUCCGUACAGAAGUGGAUCUAUUCAAACAGCGAGGUCUCUGGGUUUGACGUUGUGUUGGACUCCAAGGGUUGCACAGGUCCGGACAGAACCAUAGACGCAGACAGGUGUUACAACAUGAGCGUGUCUGUUAGCGAUAGCAACUCUGCAGCUUUGAUAGUCUUCUCCGACGAUCUUGGAAGCAGAAGAAGAGAAGCGAAGAAGGAACUAAAAGAGAUGAUCGUUCAUGAGGAAGAAAGCAUCCUGCACUCAGAGCUCUCGAUACAAGACGAGUUCCCCAACCAAACUCUCGAGCCUCAGCAUCCAAGAAGGAGAAAGCGAAAGGCCGAGAGGGAGUACUGUCGUCGCACCUCGCUCAAAGUCAACUUUAAAGAGAUCGGAUGGGACAGUUGGAUCGUGGCGCCUCCAGAAUACGAUGCGUUUGAGUGUCGAGGUUUGUGUUACCAUCCUCUGACAGACGAGUCCUCCCCAUCCAAGCAUGCACUCAUCCAAACUAUAAUGAACAUCAAAAAUCCCAAAAAGGCCAACAUGGCGUGCUGUGUUCCGAUCAAACUGGACCCAAUCACAGUUAUGUAUCAGGAGAACGGGCGCCUCACCAUCAGGUAUCUGUACGAGGAGAUGAAGGUGGCAGAGUGUGGCUGCAGAUAG